UGUUCAGCCACUCCCCCCACGCCGAGGCCUAGGGCUCCCCCAGUCCCCGGCGCGGCCCCCGGGGUCCACGCCAGGUGGUGCCCCCGGCCCCUCGCCCCGGCGCUCGCGCCUGCCCCCGGGACCCUGCACCGUCCCCCGGGGCCCGGCCCCUGGCUGGCCCGGAGCCCUCCGGGUCCCCGCCUCCAGCGGCCCCCGUGCCACCCCCGCUUCCCUCCCGACUCAGGCCCCCUCCCCCCGCCGCCCCCGCCCCCGGGGAAGCAGGCGCCGCGCGGAGCCGGGGCCGAUGCAGCUGAGCCGCGCCGCUGCCGCCGCCGCCGCCGCCCCUGCCGAGCCCUCGGCGCCGCUGUCUCCCGCGCCGGCCCCGGCCCCGGCCCCCCCCGGCCCCCUCCCGCACAGCGCGGCCGACGGGGCUCCGGCGGGGGGGGCAGGGGGGCCGGGGCGCUGCGCGGAACCCCCGUGCGCCCCGCUCCCGGCGGCCGGCAGCCCCGGCAGCCCCGGCCCCAGCGCGGGGAUGGACGGCCCCGGGGCUGGCACCGUGGUCGUGCGCGUCGGCAUCCCGGACCUGCAGCAGACGAAGUGCCUGCGCCUGGAUCCGGCCGCGCCCGUGUGGGCCGCCAAGCAGCGCGUGCUGUGCGCCCUCAACCACAGCCUCCAGGACGCGCUCAACUACGGGCUGUUCCAGCCGCCCUCCCGGGGCCGCGCGGGCAAGUUCCUGGACGAGGAGCGGCUCCUGCAGGAGUACCCGCCCAACCUGGACACGCCCCUGCCCUACCUGGAGUUCCGAUACAAGAGGCGAGUCUAUGCCCAGAACCUCAUUGAUGAUAAGCAAUUCGCAAAGCUCCACACAAAGGCAAACCUGAAGAAGUUCAUGGACUAUAUCCAGCUGCACAGCACAGACAAAGUGACCCGCCUACUGGACAAGGGGCUGGACCCCAAUUUUCAUGAUCCUGACUCAGGAGAGUGUCCUCUGAGCCUCGCUGCCCAACUGGACAACACCACGGACCUGCUGAAGGUGCUGCGGAAUGGCGGGGCUCACCUGGACUUCCGCACUCGCGACGGGCUCACUGCCGUCCACUGUGCCACGAGGCAGCGGAAUGCAGCGGCUCUGACAACUCUGCUGGACCUGGGUGCUUCACCUGACUACAAGGACAGCCGUGGCCUGACGCCCUUGUACCACAGUGCCCUGGGGGGCGGGGACGCCCUGUGCUGUGAGCUGCUCCUCCAUGACCAUGCUCAGCUGGGGACCACUGACGAGAACGGGUGGCAGGAAAUCCACCAGGCCUGCCGCUUUGGGCACGUGCAGCACCUGGAGCACCUGUUGUUCUAUGGAGCCGACAUGGCAGCCCAGAACGCGUCAGGGAACACUGCCCUGCAUAUCUGUGCCCUCUACAACCAGGAGAGCUGUGCUCGAGUUCUGCUUUUCCGCGGCGCCAACAAAGAUGUCCGAAAUUACAAUAGCCAGACGGCCUUCCAGGUGGCCAUCAUUGCAGGGAACUUUGAACUUGCAGAAGUCAUCAAGACCCACAAGGACUCGGAUGUUGUACCAUUCAGGGAAACCCCCAGCUACGCAAAACGGCGGCGGCUGGCCGGCCCCAGCGGCCUGGUCUCUCCUCGGCCUCUGCAGCGCUCGGCCAGUGACAUCAACCUGAAGGGUGAGGUGCAGCCGGUGGCUUCUCCUGGGCCAACCCUGCGAAGCCUCCCUCACCAGCUGCUGCUCCAACGGCUGCAGGAAGAGAAAGACCACCGAGAGCGGGACAGUGACCAGAAUGACAUUGGGGAUCCUGCAGCAGGCAGAGGCAGCCAGAGCAAAAUCAGCCCCAGCGGGCCCGGCGGCCCCGGCGGCCCGGGCCCCGCGCCCGGCCCCGGCCCCGCGUCCCCCGCGCCCCCAGCGCCGCCGCCGCGGGGCCCGAAGCGGAAACUUUACAGCGCCGUCCCCGGCCGCAAGUUCAUCGCCGUGAAGGCGCACAGUCCGCAGGGCGACGGCGAGAUCCCGCUGCACCGCGGCGAGGCCGUGAAGGUGCUCAGCAUUGGGGAGGGCGGUUUCUGGGAGGGGACCGUGAAGGGCCGCACGGGCUGGUUCCCUGCCGACUGCGUGGAGGAGGUGCAGAUGAGACAGUAUGACACACGGCAUGAAACCCGGGAGGACCGGACAAAGCGACUUUUCCGCCACUACACAGUGGGCUCCUAUGACAGCCUCACUUCACACAGCGAUUAUGUCAUUGACGACAAGGUGGCCGUGCUGCAGAAACGGGAUCAUGAGGGCUUUGGUUUUGUGCUCCGGGGGGCCAAAGCAGAGACCCCCAUCGAGGAGUUCACGCCUACACCGGCCUUCCCGGCGCUGCAGUACCUCGAGUCUGUGGACGUGGAGGGUGUGGCCUGGAGGGCUGGGCUGCGCACGGGAGACUUUCUCAUCGAGGUGAACGGGGUGAACGUGGUCAAGGUCGGCCACAAACAGGUGGUGGCUCUGAUCCGCCAGGGCGGCAACCGCCUGGUCAUGAAGGUGGUGUCGGUGACGAGGAAGCCCGAGGAAGAUGGGGCUCGGCGCAGAGCCCCGCCGCCCCCCAAGAGGGCCCCCAGCACCACGCUGACCCUGCGCUCCAAGUCCAUGACCGCAGAACUCGAGGAACUUGCCUCCAUUCGGAGAAGGAAAGGGGAGAAGCUGGAUGAGAUCCUGGCAGCUGCCGCAGAGCCCACGCUGAGGCCGGACAUCGCAGAUGCCGACUCGAGAGCCGCUACAGUCAAGCAACGGCCCACCAGCAGGAGGAUCACCCCUGCUGAGAUUAGCUCACUGUUUGAGCGCCAGGGCCUCCCAGGUCCAGAGAAGCUGCCAGGCUCCCUGCGGAAGGGGAUUCCACGGACCAAGUCUGUAGACAGCUCAACUCAGCAGUUCCCUGGAGAAUGUGAAGGCGCAGGUACAGGUGUAGCCAGUUCUGAGCGGCAGCCACACCUGGGCAUCACAAAAGACCAGAGGUGGGUGUUUAAGCUUAGAGACUGCAGCUGCUUUCUGCUGGGCGCGGGCGCCGCGGGCCUGUACGAGCAGGGCGCGCCCCUGGGCCCGCUGCCCUACCCCGAGCGGCAGAAGCGCGCGCGCUCCAUGAUCAUCCUGCAGGACUCUGCGCCCGAGCCCGGCGACCCCCGGUCCCCGCCCGCCGCCACCCCGCCCGAGCGCCCCAAGCGCCGGCCGCGCGCGCCGGGCCCCGACAGCCCCUACGCCAACCUGGGCGCCUUCAGUGCCAGCCUGUUCGCGCCGUCCAAGCCGCAGCGCCGCAAGAGCCCGCUGGUGAAGCAGCUGCAGGUGGAGGACGCACAGGAGCGCGCCGGCCUGGCGGUGGGCAGCCCGGGGCCCACCGGCGGCAGCUUCGCGCGGGACCCGUCCCCGACACACCGCGGCCCGCGGCCCGGCGGCCUCGACUACGGCCCCGGGGACGGCCCCGGCCUCCCGUUCGGCGGCCCCGGGCCGGCCAAGGACCGGCGGCUGGAGGCGCGCCGUUCCACGGUCUUCCUGUCGGUGGGCGCCAUCGAGGGCAGCCCCCCCAGCGCCGACCUGCCCUCCCUGCAGCCGUCCCGUUCCAUCGACGAGCGCCUUCUGGGCCCUGCCGCCACCCCUGGCCGCGACCUGCUGCUUCCCUCCCCCGUUUCUGCUCUGAAGCCAUUGGUCAGUGGCCCAAGCCUGGGGCCCUCCGGAUCCACCUUCAUCCACCCGCUCACUGGCAAACCCCUGGACCCCAGCUCGCCCCUGGCUUUGGCCCUAGCCGCCCGGGAGCGGGCUCUGGCCUCCCAGGCGUCGUCCCGGGCCGCCACUCCCGUGCACAGCCCUGACGCUGACCGUCCGGGGCCGCUGUUCGUGGAUGUGCAGGCCCGCGACACCGAGCGCGGGGCCCUCGCCUCCCCGGCCUUCUCCCCUAGGAGCCCAGCCUGGGUGCCGGUGCCCGCCCGCAGAGAACCUGAGAAGCCCCCGCGGGAGGAGCGCAAGUCGCCUGACGACAAGAAGACCAUGGUCCUCAGCGUCCUGGACACGUCCCUGCAGAGGCCGGCAGGCCUCAUCGUCGUGCACGCUACCAGCAACGGGCAGGAGCCUGGCGGACUGGGGGUCGAAGAGGAGCGCCCAAGCACACCCAAGCUGGCCCCGGCCCCCACACAGUCGGCGGUGGUGGCCGAGCCCUUGCCCAGUCCCCGGGUCCAGCCCCCUGGAGGCGCCCAGACAGACCCCGGGCCUGGCCAGGGCAGCUCCGAGGAGGAGCCAGAGCUGGUCUUCGCUGUGAACCUGCCACCCGCCCAGCUGUCAUCUAGCGACGAAGAGACCCGAGAGGAGCUGGCCCGCAUUGGGCUGGUCCCACCCCCGGAAGAGUUUGCCAACGGGGUCCUUCUGACCUCCCCGCUCCCCGGCCCAGGCCCCUCGCCCACCCAGGUGCCCAGUCCAGCUCCGGGAAAGCCCAGCACUGAGCUGCCCCCGGCCCCUGAGUCUGCGGCCGACUCAGGGGUGGAGGAAGCCGACACACGCAGCUCCAGCGACCCCCACCUGGAGACCACGAGCACCAUCUCCACAGUGUCCAGCAUGUCCACCCUGAGCUCCGAGAGCGGGGAACUCACCGACACCCACACCUCCUUCGCCAACGGACACACUUUUCUACUCGAGAAGCCACCAGUGCCUCCCAAGCCCAAGCUCAAGUCCCCGCUGGGGAAGGGGCCGGUGACCUUCAGGGACCCGCUGCUGAAGCAGUCCUCCGACAGCGAGCUCAUGGCCGAGCAGCACCACGCCUCCUCGGCUGGGCUGGCCUCCGCUGCCGGGCCCGCUCGCCCUCGCUACCUCUUCCAGAGAAGGUCCAAGCUGUGGGGGGACCCCGUGGAGAGCCGGGGGCUCCCUGGACCCGAAGACGACAAACCAACUGUGAUCAGUGAGCUCAGCUCCCGCCUGCAGCAGCUGAACAAAGACACGCGCUCCCUGGGCGAGGAGCCGGUCGGUGGCCUGGGCGGCCUACUGGACCCUGCCAAGAAGUCGCCCAUCGCGGCAGCUCGGCUCUUCAGCAGCCUCGGUGAGCUAAGCACCAUCUCCGCGCAGCGCAGCCCCGGGGGCCCGGGCGGCGGGGCCUCCUACCCGGUGCGGCCCGGCGGCCGCUACCCCGUGGCGCGGCGCGCCCCGAGCCCGGUGAAGCCCGCGUCGCUGGAGCGGGUGGAGGGGCUGGGGGCGGGCGCGGGGGGCGCGGGGCGACCCUUCGGCCUCACCCCUCCCACCAUCCUCAAGUCGUCCAGCCUCUCCAUCCCGCACGAGCCGAAGGAGGUGCGCUUCGUGGUGCGCAGCGUGAGCGCGCGCAGCCGCUCGCCCUCGCCGUCGCCGCUGCCCUCGCCCGCGCCCGGCCCCGGCCCCGGCGCCCCCGGCCCGCGCCGGCCCUUCCAGCAAAAGCCGCUGCAGCUCUGGAGCAAGUUCGACGUGGGCGACUGGCUGGAGAGCAUCCACCUGGGCGAGCACCGCGACCGCUUCGAGGACCACGAGAUCGAGGGCGCGCACCUGCCCGCGCUCACCAAGGACGACUUCGUGGAGCUGGGCGUCACGCGCGUGGGCCACCGCAUGAACAUCGAGCGCGCGCUCAGACAGCUGGAGGGCAGCUGACGCCCUCCCGCGCCCCGGCCGCGCCCUGCGGGCAGGGCCCCCCACCCCCACCCUGGGCCGCGGGCUCGGCCCGCCCCCAUCACGGCGCCCGGGCCAGGAAUGUUGCAUGAAUCGUCCUGUUUGCUGUUGCUCGGAGACUUGCCCUGUACAUUGCUUAGUGCCCUCCCCGGCCGGCCACCCCCACCCAGCACACGGUCAGGAAGGGCGUGGGCGCGGGAGGCUGCGGCGGGAGGGAGUGGGGGUGAGGUGUUCUGGCCUGGCCAUCUCCCGCACAGCUCCUGGUGGCCGCUCUCCCAGAAAGGGGACCUAGUCCAGCAUGCGAGGUCAGGACACACCUUGUUGACUCGGGGGGAGGGGGGAGACAUUGGGGUUCUUGGUUGGGGGCCAAGGAGCCCCCCUGUUUUGCAUAUUUUAAUCCACUCUAUAUUUGGAACGAGAAAAGGAACAAAUAUCUCUGUCCUUAAUAGCUUCCCUUCCCCUCCCCUCCAGCGCUCCACUGGUCCCGCCUCGGCUGCCCAGUCUUCCAUCUCUGGCCCCUCACUGCCACUGCCACCCCAAAUGGGGCGGGGGACGCUCCAGCUGGUCUGGGGUUGGCCAGGGUCCCAGUAGCCCGCCCUGGGGCCCCCGGCUCGGCCCCCCUCCUCUCGCUGAGCUAUGUGUGCCCCCCACCGACCCUUCAGGUGCUGCGUGGAGGAGGGGUGGCGGAGUCUUGCUGGGCACUAGCGAGGCCACGUGGUCUGGGAGACCCUUGCCCUGAGGGGGGGCAGGGCCUUGGCACCUGCUCCUAGCCAUCUCCCUCACAGGGUCCAGACUCCUCCCCAUGCCGCUGGGCGACUACAGAGACGCCUCCCAGCCUCAGACCCCAAAGUCUCCUGUUCCCGCCCUGUGUGCGUGCUGGCGUGCGCGCAUACUGCGAGUGUGUGAAACUGGGUGCGGCUGUGCAUGUGGGACCCCUGACAUGUGCCUGACAGCCGAGCGGUCCCCAGGGGCCACCCUGGCCUGGCGCGUGGGGGCCUGUGCGUGGAUGAGUGCCUGGGAAAGCACCCGGUCUCCACUUCCAAAGAAAGUCAGAGGCCAUCUUGCACCCUGGGGACCUGCUGUCUGCCAGGCCCGCCUCUCCACAGCCUCGCACAGCCGGAGCAGGCCCGUUUGGGGAAGCCCUGCUGCUGGGAGGAGGCCCUCAAGGGCCCUCGGAGCAGUGCCCCCCAUCAGGCUUCUAGGGAAACGGGACCCCUAGGGCCAGGCCACCACAAGCCCUGGGGAGAGGCAAAGACCCCAGAGGGCACCCCAGCCCCCUUACUGUGACUCCUCACACUCAGCAAUGGCCUGUGGGGUGGGGGCCUGGGACGUUUUUAAACCUAGGGUUUGGAGUCUGGAUUUAAGCUCCAUCCACGUCACUCACAAGUUUCUGUUUAUAUUUCUAGCUUUUUUUAAAUAAAACAAAAAACCAGAAAACACAAGUUUUCACAGCCCAGGGGCUUGGCACGCCGGUCUGUGCCCCCCACCCCCAUCCCCACCCUGCCUGGCCCACCGGCCCCCUCCUUCCCUGGGCAGAGUCACCAGUAACCCUACCGCCAACAGACCAGGUCACACACAGCAGUCCCUGUAUCAGACUGCCACAUACACACAGUCUCACACUCACCUGUGGGUUUUUGGUUCCGUUCAAUUUGGGUUUUUAACUUUACAGGGUCAGUUCCGCUUCACCCCUCCUUUUGUAUGGAGUUCCAUCUGGGGGGAUUUCACCCCCCUGCUCCAGUCCUGAGGCCUCCUGACCCUGACGUUGUGAUACACCCCACAGAGAUCUAUGUUUCUUAUAUUAUUAUUAUUGAUAAUAAUUAUUAUAAUAUUAUUAUGUAAUAAAUUU